ACCAACAAAAGCUCCUACGACGACCAGGCAACAAUGUGCGGCUGCGAUGACGACUGCUGCUAUGGCGUCCCGGAGAACAUCAAGAAUUGCCUCAUCAUCCUUGGCAUCCUCACCUUCCUCGCCGCCAUUGUCCUGGUCCUUGUCCUCGUCCUCGCCUUCGGCUACCUCCGCCACGUCGCCAUCACCGUCGACGACGGGUCCCUCACCCGCUUCGAGCUGGUAAAAGCGCCCGGGACUGCGGUCGCGUACAACCUCUCGCUGACGCUCACCAUCCGGAACCCAAACUGGGCCAUCGGCAUCAAGAACGAGAAGCCGCUGGUGGCCGCGUACAACUUCGACGGGCAGCUGUUCGAUCGCGUGCCGGUCGCCAACAAGGGCGACAAGAUGGGUGCAAGGAAGACCAUGGUGUACCACCUCGCCUCGAACUCGAGGAACACAGGCAUGCUGGGCAACGCCGGCGUCGCCGAGUUCAAGAAGCAGAAGGCGACGGGCGUGUUCGAGGUGGAGGUGAAGCUGACCGGCAAGUUCAGGUACACGGCUCGCUAUACCAAGUGCGAGCUGGACGCGACCUGCCCGCUCAGGUUGCAGCUCGCACCGCCAGGGACGCCGGCCGUCGCGUUCCAGAAGGUCAAGUGCACGCUCGCCAAGCCGAAUAAGCAUUGCUAGCUAGUGAUGGUUUUAUUUGGAGUG